AUGUCCCCUUGUUCGAAGGUAGCUCACGAAUUUGAACACAGAUCCAUAGUACAAGAAUGGAGAAACAAUUUUGUGAAAGGAGCUUUGUUGGCCUCUCUGAAAAAACAUUGGAAAAUUUUUGUACCUAUUGUAUUUGCCCCAAAUCAAGAAAACAGUAAAGAAGAAAGAUUAUCACUGAAGAUUAUUUUCAGUCCAUUGGAAAGUUUUUUAUGCAAUGGAGAUCCUGAAACGGUAUUCAAACAGUUAAAAGAAAAAGAUGUACCCUCACAGAUAUGUGGCCAUGUUUUUAAGCAUGGUGAACCAAGUUAUUCAUGCAGGGACUGUGCCAAUGAUCUCACUUGUGUACUAUGCAUCAACUGUUUUCAACAAAGUGUUCACAAGAAGCACCGCUAUCGUAUGAGUAUCUCUGGUGGUGGUGGCUAUUGUGAUUGUGGAGAUCCUGAGGCCUGGAAGUCUGAACCGCACUGUGAGACCCAUGGGAAAGGAACAGGAAUGGAAGAAGAACAAAAUCGAUUGGAUUCUUUGCCAUGUGACUUGAUAAGGCGAGCAGAGGCAUUGUUUGUGGCUACACUUCAGUAUGCAGUGGACAUGAUGACUUGGGAACAGUGUGAUACAUUACCAACUGACCUCCAACCUGAUGGGGAGCUUGAUGACUUGUAUGUUACAAUUCUUUUCAAUGAUGAGAUACACACUUUUGAUCAGGUUAUUAGCACGCUUCAAAAAGCUGUAGAAUGCACUCAAAAACAAGCAGCAGAUUUUUCUACCACAAUCGAUCGUGAAGGAAGAAGUGGUGUCAGAAUUGGUCCAUUCAGUGUAUGUGAUAAAACAAGAAGAACCAUUGAGCAAAUGUCUUCACGUGGAAGUUCAAAGCCUUUGAAGGUACAAGUAAUGCACACAACAGUUGUUUCCCAUCAGAAGUUUGCAUUAAAAAUGAUUCAGUGGUUACAACAUAUCAUCUCUAAAUCAGAUGGUUUGCGGUAUUUAUUUUGUAAAUUAGCAAUGCAGCCAGCUGAAGGAGGGUCUCUGAUGGAACGUUUGAUUUUGGCAGACACAAAAUUAUGGAAAGUUGCUCGAAUUCAGAGUCAUCAACUGUUAAUGAGUGGUGUUUUGAGGGAUCAGGAAUGCAAACGUCAAUUUGGCAUUAUGUUCACAGAGAAAUACUCUCAGCUGAUGGAAGACUUUUUACAAGAUGACCAUGAUCAUGAGGUGUCAGUUGUGUCCUUAUCUGUACAAAUCUUUACAGUGACCAGUCUGCAUUAUGCUGAACUUAUGCAAGACUUUAUCAAAGAUGAUCAUUUACGCUCGGUGUCCAUUAUGUCUGUAUCUCUUCAAAUUUUCACUGCUGCCACAGUGGCUCGUUACUUGAUUACAGAUCACAAUCUCCUGGGUGUUAUCUUACAAACUUUCCUCAAACAGUGUGAAAGUAAAAAGAACAAAAAUGGCAAAUUGUCAUUUGGUAGAAGUGAAACUGGUAGUGCAUUCAAGAGAGCCUGGUUUAUGUUAUAUGACCUCAAGUAUACUUUAUUUUGCAAACCGAGCCCAGAAGAAUGGACUGAAAAACUCAGGAAAAGUUUUCGAAAUGGUUUCGAUGCAUUACUUGAUUUGUUAAAAAGCAUGCAAGGAAUGGAUUCCGUAACUCGUAAAGUUGGUCAGCACUUGGAAAUUGAACCUGAGUGGGAGAGUGCAUUUAAUCUCCAACUUCGUUUGCAAGACAACAUUGCACUGUUUCUUGAUUGGUGUGCAAGUGAUCCCACUUUGCUGAUGAAUAGCUACAUUGCCACACUUCAUGCUCUCUAUAAAUGCCGAGACAAAUUGGAUGCACACAAGAUGGAGCAUUGUGAAGUUGCCGGUCAUGUUACUGAGUGUAUCAAGUAUGAUGUAUCCAGCCAGCCAGUCAGCAUUCAUUUGCCUGUGAUCAGACUUCUUGCCGGGCUCCAUCUUCACCUGAAGUUCGACACAUUCACUCCAGAAUUAAUUUCACAAUGUGAGAUGAACCCAAUGGAUUUGAUAGAGCCACCACUACGAACCCAAGUGAUGAUAGCUCAGACACAGGCUGGCAUGUGGCGCAGAAAUGGAUUUUCCCUCCUUAACCAGAUAUUUUUCUACCACAAUGUGAGGUGCCGUGUGGAAAUGUAUGACAAAGACAUUGUUAUGCUUCAGAUUGGUGCUUCCCUAAUUGACCCAGAUGACUACCUCAUCCAUUUGUUGAAUAAAUAUGGAUUAUUGGGCUGGGUCAGAUCAAAUUAUGAUGAUCCUGGUGGUCAAGAGGAUUCUGUUAGACAGACCAGUAUGCUAGCUGAAGAAUUUUUGAAUCUUUUGAUUAUUAUUUUAGGUGAGCGUUAUACUGUUGGUGUUGGGAAGAUAACUCAGGAAGACGUUGUAAAGAGAGAAAUAAUUCACCAACUGUGCAUUACUUCUAUGGCCCACAGUGAAUUGGUGAAAGCCUUACCUGAAGAUUGGAAUCAUGAAACUGGAAUUGAGAAAGUUGUGAAUGAAGUGGCUGAUUUCAAAAAAAGCCAGGUUGGAGGCAAAGGUCAUUAUGAAUUGAAAGCAGAAUAUUUCAAAGAAUACAAUACUUACUUUUACCACUACAGUCGGACAGAGCAAUCUAAGUCAGAAGAAACUCAGUUGAAAAGGAAAAAACAAGCAAAGGAAGAUCAAGCCUUGCCACCUCCCGAGCCACCUCAGUUCUGUGACAUUUUCAGCACUGUGCCUAAACUCCUUAGCUGUGAUGUAAUGAUUCAUAUCAUGGAACUUGUACUGACACGUACAGCUGCUCAAAGAUCCAGGUCGUGGUCAGAGGCACAAUUUGAAAGGAUUUUGCAUUUGAUUGGUCUUGCACUUCAUGAGCAAAAAACAGCAAUAAAGAAAGGGGAAAUCUUUGACUUUCUUAGAAAAGCAACUAAAGAGGGCCAGAAUAUUUUGCACCUGCUGGAAAGUUUGGUGGAUAGUGAGCACUUGACUCAUGAAUAUCAAAGUGACCUUCUUAGAUGGGUGCUCAAGUAUUUUGCAGCUGUUCGUAAGAUGGAAGAUGAGUUUGCAAGUGUCUCUAGUCUUGGGAAAUUGGCAAGCACAAGUGAUGCCAAGAGAGAACAAGAGAAAAAGAAAAAAGCUGAAUUGGCAGCCAAAAGACGAGAACGGAUAAUGUCUCAAAUGUCCAUCAUGCAACGAAAUUUCAUUAAAGACAACCCGGUGUUGUGUGAGAUGGCCACCUCUGAUAUGACUCCAGCAGGUUCUGAUAUGGAUAUCAGUGAACAAACAAGCCCUCCUUUUCCUAUUGUUCUUGGUUGUGGCCAAACAAGUACAGGUUACAUGAGUACAAGCAAAGCUGUUUGUAUUUUGUGUCAAGAAGAUCAAGAAAUUACAUACAAUGGACGAGCUAUGGUUCUUUCAGCUUUUGUUCAAAGGUCUUCAGUUCUGUCUCAGUCAAGAGGGAAAGAACUUACUAACAACGAAGACGAGGAUCCGUUGCUUACACCUUCCGAUCUUUCCUGUGGUACAUAUACCAGCUCCUGUGGGCAUGUUAUGCAUGCUGAUUGUUGGCAAAGAUAUUUUGAUGCAAUUGCAGCCAAAGAAAGGCGCCGACCUUUUCGGUUCCGUAAUGCUUGCAGCUACAAUAUUGAAAAAUUGGAGUUCCUGUGUCCAUUGUGUGCUGCCAUUAGCAAUACUGUGAUCCCGAUGUUACCUCCCUUGAGCACAUUGCGAACAAGUACUGCAGGCUGUGACAUUGACCAGCAGAAGGAGGUGGACCUCAGCUUUAAUGACUGGUUGGAUGGUAUUCAGAAGACAGUGCAAGCCAGUGUUAAGGCUGCUGUAGAUAAAGAGUCUGAAGAUGAAAGUCUCUUAUUUCAACCUUGUCCAAUUUCUACUAUCACAAAACUUAUGGCAGAAAGUGUGGCAAAAAACUUCACAUUACUCUGGAACUAUGUCUAUGACGAUGCAAGUGGCUUUUCGGAAAGCAUGAGGGAAAUGAUGAAGAAAUUUGCCACAGAUGUUUAUACUUUUGGUUUGGCAGUGGAACCUGAUGGUGAAAAUCCUUCCGUUCCUAUCAUGGCUUGGAACACUUGUGCCUAUACAAUUCAAGUAAUAGAACAAAGUUUACAACAUGAUAACAAGCCCCUAUUUGGUUCGUUGUCAAGUCGCCGUUCUGACUGUCUGAAUGCUUUAGUAAAGUUUGCUGCUGUGUGCGGCCAAGUGAUGCCAGCAGACACAGUCAAACAACACUGUAUACGUUUACUCACAGCUUUAAUUCCUGAUGGUCUUGAAAAGAAACAUGAACCUCCAUGUCUAUUAGAUUUAGACAUGUUUCACUAUUUGACUGUGCUGGUCAUGUCAUUACCAACCCUUUAUGCAGAAGGGCAGACUUCUGUGCUUACCACAUUCCCAACUGGGAGUCUCAAUGACCAGCAUGCAUUGCAAUUGGUGCUUACUGCUCACCUUGUACAAAUCUUGCUCACUUAUGAACCUGAGCCACAAGACAUGAUGGAAACUGAAUACGAUCCUGAUGAUGAAAUUCUUUUGUUAAUUUAUAGACAGUUAAGGGAGAAAGCAGGGAUGAGCCUGGAUAUUCAGCCUUGUCCCUGGUUGCUGUCAUCUCAUGUAAAACAAGCCUGUCUACCUUUCUUGCGUUGUGCAGCACUGAUGUAUCAUUAUGUGACUGGAGUUGCUUCUCCUCUAGAACUACAAGAACCUACAGGAAAUCAGUUUGAGUAUAUUUGCCGAUAUUUGGCUCUGCCCACAAAACUGAACGUCCUUUUUGGAAAUCAAGGAGACAUAAUAUCACAACUCAUGAAUAGGUGGUGCAGUCAUCCUUCCAUCAAGGAUCGAUUUACAGCCAGUAACCAGAAAAUCAUCCGAUACCCUCUUCCUUUGAACCAUUUGGUGAAAUUACCUGAUGACUACAGUGAACUCAUGAAUCAAGUGUCAACAUAUACUUGUCCUCGGUCAUUUGGAGAUGAGAGCCGUGUGCCAACCAUGUGCCUCAUUUGUGGCCAGGUAUUGUGUUCUCAGAGUUACUGCUGUCAGGUCGAAGUUGAUAAGAAAUUGGUAGGAGCAGCCACAGCUCAUUCCCAUGUCUGUGGAGCUGGCAUUGGCAUCUUCCUUAGAAUCCGUGACUGCCAGAUUUUCUUGCUGGCUGGCCAGAAUAAAGGUUGCUUCCAAACUGCACCUUACCUUGACGAUUAUGGAGAGCCUGAUCAACUGCUCAAAAGAGGUAACCCCCUUCGCCUCAGUGAAGAACGAUACAAGCAGUUGCAUCGCCGUUGGUUCCAGCAUGAAAUUCCAGAAACUAUUGUGCAUAAUCUGGAAUCUAGCAACAGUCUGAGCAGUUAUGAGUGGUGGAAUUUAUGA